UGACAAGUCAGUUGCGUUUUCGAGCGCUAAAAGUGCGGUCAUAGAGUGAACAAGAACAGAAUCAAUAUGAUCGGAAUAUACCUAUUGAUCGGUGCAGUCACAUUGCUAUAUGUCUAUCUCAAGUGGACAUUUAGCUACUGGGAUCGAAAGGGUUUUCCUUCUACAGGAGUGAGCAUCCCAUUCGGUGCCCUAGACUCUGUGACAAAGGGGAAAAGAUCCUUCGGACUGGCCAUCUACGAUAUGUACAAAGCGACAAAGGAACCAGUUGUUGGAUUGUAUCUCACUUUGAGACCUGCUCUCCUAGUUAGAGAUGCUCAACUUGCACAUGACGUCUUGGUCAAGGACUUUGCUAGUUUCCAUGAUCGCGGUGUUUAUGUGGAUGAGGAGAAUGAUCCGAUGUCGGGGAGUUUGUUCCAACUGGAAGGUGCCAGUUGGAGGGCCUUACGAAAUAAGCUUUCACCCUCGUUCACCUCUGGAAAACUCAAGGCCAUGUUUCAGACGUCUAAUUCGGUGGGUGACAAGUUAGUAGCCAGCAUAAGGGAACAACUACCUGAAUCAGGCAGCAAGGAGCUGGAGAUGAAGAGGCUUAUGGCAACCUUUGCCAUCGAUAUUAUUGCCACAACUAUUUUUGGACUCGAUGUUGAUAGUUUCGCUGAUCCUAACAAUGAAUUCCAGGUAAUCAGCAAAAAGGUCAAUCGGAAAAACUUUGAAGACAUUGUUCGAGGGACAGCAAGUUUCCUCUUUCCCGGCCUGGAAAAAUUCUUCGUACGAAUUGGCUGGAAACAGGAGGCCACCGAAAGGAUGCGCGAGUUGUCUCACAGAACCGUAGACCUAAGAGAGAAGAACAACAUAGUCCGAAAAGAUUUGCUUCAGCUCCUUCUUCAAUUACGGAAUCAGGGACAGGUUAACACUGAUGACAAUGUCUGGUCAGCGGAGAGUACUACAAAUGGUGUGAAAUCUAUGUCCAAAGACCUGAUUGCCGGACAACUGUUCCUCUUCUACAUAGCUGGCUAUGAGACCACAGCCUCUACAGCAUCCUUCACUCUCUAUGAGCUUACCCAAAAUCCUGAAAUUUUGGAAAAGGCAAAGGAGGAUGUACGGAAAGCUAUCGAAAAGCAUGGAGAACUGUCCUACGAUGCUAUCGCGGAUAUGAAGUAUCUGGAGGCCUGUGUUCUCGAAACUUCUCGCAAAUAUCCCGCUCUUCCAAUUCUAAACAGAAUCUGCACUCAGGAUUAUCCUGUGCCCGACAGUAAGCUAGUCAUUAAGAAGGGAACACCAAUUAUAAUCUCCCUGUUUGGAAUCCACCGGGAUCCGGAGUACUUCCCGGAUCCGCUUAGCUAUCAACCGGAACGCUAUCUGGAAGAUAACAAAAACUACAACCAAGCGGCUUAUUUACCAUUUGGGGAGGGUCCUAGGAUGUGUAUUGGCGCCCGCAUGGGAAAGGUGAAUGUGAAGAUAGCGAUUGCCAAGAUUCUGUCGAACUUCGAUUUGGAGAUCCCCAAAGAAAAGCAAGAAAUUGAGUUUGGAAUUAAUGGAGUACCGCUUAUGCCCAAGACAGGUGUACCCGUUCGUCUUUCCCUCAAGAAGUAGCUCCUAAUUUCACAAUAAAACUUUGUUAAUGGUAAAUAAACGUUCAAAAUAUAAAGAAAAUA